GAUCAAGAACAAGCAGCAACAGCAACAAGCAACAACAAGCAACAACAGCAACCAUAGAACGCCAUGGCCCGUACCAAGCAGACAGCCCGCAAGUCCACCGGUGGCAAGGCCCCGCGUAAGCAGCUGGCCACUAAGGCCGCUCGCAAGUCAGCACCCACCGCCGGCGGUGUCAAGAAGCCGCACCGCUACCGUCCCGGUACGGUCGCGCUGCGUGAGAUCCGCAAGUACCAGAAGUCGACGGACUUGCUGAUCCGCAAGCUGCCGUUCCAGCGUCUGGUGCGUGAAAUCGCGCAGGACUAUAAGACGGAUCUGCGUUUCCAGUCCACGGCCAUCCUGGCUCUUCAGGAGGCUUCAGAGGCCUACCUCGUGGGUUUGUUAAAGGACCUGAAGCUGUGCUCUAUCCACGCUAAGCGUGUCACCAUCAUGCUCAAGGACAUUCAGCUGGCCCGACCCAUUCGCGGCGAGCGCACGUAACCCUCUUCCUCCGGCUGAUGGUUUCUUCCAUUUUGAAGCACACGUUAAUUAUGAUAUUUUGCUGAAAAUUUCUAUGCCUUUUUUGUCCUUUC